AUGGGCAUCAUACCUCGUGGAUCCUCUGGCUACGAUGCCAAUAGCCUCUGCACGACCCCAGCAUGCAUCAAUAUUGCGGAUGACAUCCUAGGCAGCAUGGCUACCAACCAUGCAAAGAUUGAUCCAUGCACUGACUUCGAUGAGUUGGUCUGCGGCAACUGGGCAGAACGCAACCCGAUCCCAGCAGGUGCGGGAUCUGUAGAUGUUCUGGGAGCUGUCCAAUUCCAUGUUUACGAUCUCGUUCGACGCGUUCUCGAAGGACCCUACCCUUCAGGCCCAAACGCUGGCUGGAUAACGGUCAAUCUCACCAAAGAUGAGACUAAGGCUGACAAAGAGAAUUUUGUCAAGAUGCAGGAAGCUUACCAAGUCUGCAUGAACACAACUGCCCAUGAAGAAGAGGGUCUUAGCCAACUUCUACAAGUGGCCAAGACUAUUGUAGCAACACUUCCUGCUUCCAGCAAUGGAAAGAAAGGGACUGUAUACGAUCAUUCAAAUGGAAUUGGGCAACUUCUUACUCUGUUCGAGAGCCUGGGCAUCGAGACGACGCAGAGAUUUAUACAGGUUGCAGAGCCGCUAAACCCAGACAAGAUGGCGCUUGGCAUCCAGCCACCCACCGACUCCGGUCUUCCAUCCACUCCUGAGGAUAUGUUUGACUUCUUGAAGAUCGCGAGUGAACUUAUUUACUCUGUUCAUCCUGCCAACUUGACCAGAGGCGAGGCUCAGACUUUGAUGGAGUCGGUCGUCGCCCUUCAGCUCUCGCUCCAGCCAGUAGCCGCCCCCGAGACAAAUGCGACAGAGGAGGCGGGCCAGGACCAAGAUACCGAAGAGACCGCUGAGACGGAUAUGUACGUCUCUAUCAGCGAUAUCCAAGAAAUUGCUCCACAGCUGAACUUCAAGUACGUCGUUGAUCAAUUGGCGCCUGAAGGGUUCAAUGAUUCCAAGAUCGUAUUCACCUCUGCAGAGCUAUACAGGAACAUCUCACAGAAGUUCUCCCAGACUCCUCCUGAGGUCAUUCAAACUUUCUUCCUUUGGAAGGCCAUCGCUGCUGUAUCUACCUAUGUCGAUUCGCCACAGACUGAAGCCUACAACACAUGGAAAUUCAAGCAACAAGGCAGUGAUCCCGGUAGUCCUCAACCUCGCUGGCAGCGAUGCGCAAUUCUUCUCGACAAUGGCGUUGACUGGAUUGCAAGUGACAAGAUCGCUUCUCAACUCGUCGGUCCCACAGGUCUAACUUGGAUUCUCGCCCGAUUCUUCGCCGAUAAGCACUUUACGCCAGAUGCUAAGCAGUUUACAUCUCAGAUCAUCGAUAACCUUGAGGAGGCUUUUAUCGGGCGCAUUGGAACCAGGCCUUGGGCUACUGAUAAGGUCAAGAAAACUGCUGUUGAGAAAGUUCGCGCCAUGACGAGCAAGAUCGGUUUACCAACCUCCCCCCAUGUCACUGACCCAAAGGUCGUGAAGAAGUUUUAUUCCGAUAUCGAGAUCACGCCGUCUUUGCUACUCAAUAGUCUUGCCUUCGCGAAGUCCCGAGUUGCCAAGAACUGGGCAUCCCUUGACAAGCCUGUUGAUCGACAGAAGUUCCCGUCUAGCACUCUCACUACCAACGCCUUCCAUCAAGCCUCAGGAAACACCAUGAUAAUUCUAGCUGGUAUUCAGCAGUCCCCCAUCUACGAUGCCGGCUAUCCCGCUUAUAUCAGCUACGGCGGUAUGGGCAGUAUUGUUGGGCAUGAAAUCACCCAUGGUUUCGAUAACAAUGGGCAUCAGUAUGACAAAACGGGUAACAAGAGCGCAUGGUUUGAUGAGAAGUCAACAGCAGGAUUUAAAAAGUCCACUGAAUGUUUCGUCAAGCAAUAUAGCAACUUCACCAUCACUGGCCCCGAUGGGGAAGAGGAGAAGAUCGACGGAGACCUCACGUUGGGUGAGAACGUUGCAGACGCAGGUGGUAUUCUCUCUAGCUUUGCCGCAUGGAAGAAAUGGGAGAAGGACAAUGGAAAAGCGCAAGAUCUGCCUGGGCUCGGUAACUUCACCCAUGAGCAGUUGUUCUUUGUCAAAUGGGGUCAGAAUUGGUGUGAGAACAUCAAACCUGCGCAGGUCAUUGCUGGGUUGACGGAUGAGCAUAGUCCAAACCAGGCUAGGAUUUUGUUGCCGGUGAAGAACUCUGCUGAUUUCCAGCGAGCGUUCAGGUGUCCUCAGAAGAAGCCUGUUUGUGAGCUUUGGUAG